UCUUUUAGUCUCUAGAAUACAUUCAGCGCGUUGUUUGAUAAUCGAUUUGUUUUCUCAUUUAAAUUUUGCGCAAAAUUUACAUACAAUUACAAAAUGAAGUCGAUUUGGAGAGCGUUCUUAUUGUUACACUAUUUAAAUUUUCAUAAAAUUAUGUGUUUCCGUUGCGAUCGCCGCCCUUAUGGCUCUACAGCGCCAGCUUCACCACCGGAUGGUCGUUUUCAUCUCAAUGUACUUGGAGUUGAAAAUCAUGCUUACUUACCAGAACAAGUCUAUACAGCACAAAUAACGUCGACCGAUGGCGAAUCCAAAUUUACGGGUUUCAUGAUAUCAGCUGAGGGGGACACUCGACAAGACCCGAAGAACCCACGGAGACUCAUCUCCUUAUUCCCGGGUGAUAUUAGGCCGCAGAAAAUCGAAACGGCUAAGUUUAGUGACCGCUGUCUCUACUCAGUCGAGCAAGCUACGCGCACUUGGAAAACUUCUGUUGAGGUGUUUUGGCAAGCCCCACCCACAGGUCACGGUUGUGUUACAUUGCGUGCUGUGGUAGUUGAAAACGAUGAACAGUGGUUCGAAGAUGGUGCUCCGCUCACGCAAAAGAUCUGCGAGGACUUAAGGCAGCCCGACGACAUGUCGCCACUUAUAAAUUACGAUUGUCAGAUCUGUGAUGAAGCUAAAUAUGAGAUAUCUUUCACCGGCGUUUGGUCCCGUAAUACUCAUCCUCGAUUAUAUCCUGAAAACGUUUGGGUCCCUAGAUUUAGUGAUUUAGUUGGCGCUUCUCACGAUGUGGACUAUUUAAUGUGGAUACCGGGCAACUUGGCCGGUGAAGGAAUGCGGGACUUAGCCGAACAUGCUAAUUCGAGUAAACUCGAAACCGAAAUAAGAGAAAAGAUAGGGGACGGGGUACGUACUCUCAUUAAGGGUAAAGGCCACGGCUAUCGCAAAAUGAACAAUCCAACGUUCGCGAUUUUUCGCGCGGAUAAAAAAAACCAUUUAGUGUCGGUUGCGGUGGCUCUUCAUCCAUCACCAGAUUGGUUUCUUGGAGUUACGAGGUUUGAACUGUGUCAGGAAGAUAAUACUUGGCUACGGGAGAGAGAGUUGAAUCUCUUUCCAUGGGAUGCUGGGACAGACAGCGGUGUAUCGUAUGAGUCACCGAACAUUGAAACGUAUCCGCAAGACACGAUAUCUCGCGUUGCAAUGAGUUCAUACGACAAAAAAUCGCCCUUCUACCAAACGACAAUGACGGAAAUGCAUCCGUUCGGAAAACUCCACAUCAAAUUCAUAAGGAGCUAUCACAGAGAAUGCGAAGACGAGGAAGAAACUACAGAAACGACGAGUCCUGAAGGAGAUCUAGAAAGUACAUCAACCACAGAGACACCUACUACGGAAGAGUCGGAAGGACCUUUCGAGCCAAAGCCGCCAUCCAGGUACCAAAAUCCUGCAAUAGAUAGCGGCGGUUCGGGGCGCGAAGAUCCGAUAGUAUUCGAUCAGGAUUCUUCUGAAGAAUGUCCCAUGUCUGAAUGGCAAGCCUGGAGUUCAUGUGAAGGGCCCUGCGACCACGGACACGUCAAGGGGUACCAAUGGCGGGUGAGGUACCAUCUCGUCGAUGGCAUUGCCGUUGAGAAAUACGAUCCUUAUAAUCAGCACACUUUAAAUCUAGAAGUGCCAAAGUAUUGCAAAAAUCACGUCGAAGAUUUUCAAAGGAAAGAGUGCUUCGAGAAAUGCUCUGAAGAUUACGAUGAGCAUGAAGACGAAAUAAAAAUGGAGAGAAGGAUAAUAUCGGAGAUCAUGCCUGGUUCUUCAUGGGGUGGAUCGAGUAGAAAAAAUACCAAGCAUUAACAAUAUAAUGUUUUUAGAUAAUUCAUUUUUGUAUUUAGCAUUUAAGAAAUAAACUUGGCUUAAAUUGUG